AUGUCAGACAAUCGUGCCACGGGGAGGCGAAGGAGAGAAGAAACCGACGCAGUGGAAAGCGAUUUACCCGUAAAAUUGCAGAAAACGUCGGAAAAAACGGAUUUUUCAAAGGUAAUAGGGGCGAAAAGUUUGUGUGCGUUGGCAGCGGCGUUCGUAAGCGAAAGCUAGACCUCCGGUGUUUAGUUUCCCAUAGUUUACACACUUUCGAUUCACAUAAAUCGCUUUCAUCUCUCAUUUUAUUCCUUCUUCAAACUCGAGUGAAGAUAUCCUACAGUAACCACCGAGAUAAAGGUGGCUUAUCACUGAUUUUCAAAAAAUUGCAUUCGAAAUUAAUACAUUUUAAGGAGGAUAGUGAAGCGACGUCGUCUGAAGUCGUUGAAGUACCUUCUGAACCAGCGUUAAAAAAACCUCCUGGUGAAGCCGUCGAGAAAACUGCAAAGAAUCCGACCGAGGACACUCUGGAGUCGCCUCCGAUCGACGUUUGCACGCUUGGCGACGAUGACGUCGAGGAGAUUGUGAUGCCUUCGGUGACGUCUUCCGGAGAAGUUGUACGUCUGGAUUCCGAAACAACCCCAACGAAAGAAUCCGCGCAGAGUUCGCACAAAACUCCGACGACGGCGAAGGGGCGAGACGGGGAGGAAGAGGAGGAAACCGGAGAGGUCGAACGAGUCUUCUCGAGUUUUCCAUGCCAAGUAAUUCCGGAAACGCUGUCCAGAAUGACACGAACUCCUCCGGACGGCGAGCAUCUCGAGGUGCGGAAGAACGCGAACGGUCGGCUGCGAAUCCUGGUCAUCGACCACUACAAGAAGUUCUCCCCGUACUCGAACCUGACGCACAAGCCAUGUACAGUUUGUAACCGGGUCAUGAAAGCCGGAGAAAUGCACUUGAACUUUCCCGCCGACCUGGAUCGCCGUCGCAUUUGGGCCAAUCUUCUCGGCUUCAAGUACAAAGACAUUCUUCGCAGCAAAAUGGGCCCGGUGUCUUUUUCCAUUGCGGCUGGUCCGAUUUGCACCGAACAUUUUGCCGAGGAAUGCUUUCGCAACCACAAUUUUAACAAAUCCGCCAUUGAAGCGUUCGGAGUGCCCGUGGCGAUAUCUCCGGAUGUGAAGACGACACCGAGCAAGAAAAGGUAAGCGUUUGAGGGGUUCAGAAGGCUUCUAACUCGGUUUUGUGAGCAACUACAGAGUGCCGUGGGUGUGUACCAUCUGCGAAUUCCACUCGUGCAGCGUCGUCGAGCUGCAGAAUCAUCUGCUCGACCACACGGAGGAGAUGCUCAAAAAAAAGGACAAUAUGCUCGACGUAAGGCGUUUUUCUCCUGAGCUUGCUCACGACAACCCUAGUUCCAGGUGCCCGAGGCAGGUUUCAUGUGUCCGUUCUGUCGGAAAUGCACGUACGGAUACAAAACGGUAUCCGGAUACCGUCGACAUCUUCUUUCGCCGCCCAUCCAGCACUGUCAUCUACGUCGCAUCUACGAGUUCGCCAAGAUGAAUUGCCGGGCGUCGGAGCUGGAUCCGAGUGAGGCGUGGGACAACUGGACACGACGGAACGUCUACGUGGCUUAUCAUGGAUGUGAGCCGCCCGCGAAUGAGAUAGUGCUAACACCGUCGCCGACGAAAAGUGUAUAUGUGAGUGGAAAAGAUACGGAGAGAUAGGAAAUACAAAUUCAGAAUCCGGAAGAGCGAACGCGUCUGGUUCAGGACGAAGAACGGCAUCGGAAAGCGGUCCGAUCGUUGGCAUUCGUCGGGAAAGAGGGAGGAACGAGUGUGAACGAUCAUAAUGUGAUGCAAAGAGCAGUCUAUCUGCAAGUGCGUCGCAAUCAGGAACACAAGAAGCGAUAUCCAGAACCGGAGGAUUUGGAGCAGCAGAGACUGGAAGAGGAGAGAACUGCAGAGGAGAGAGAGAGGGAGGAAUCGGAGGAGGCGGAUGAGACGCAGUCGCCGAUGGGAUCUGAUAAGCGGACGAGUCAACGGCACGCCAUCUCGGCCGGAAGUUCCCCGGUCAAGAAGCCGACCGCAAGUUCUUCGGCUUCACUUCCGCCGACUCCGAAGAAGAGAAAGUUCUCGUCUGAAGAGCACUUUAUGAACAUGCCACGGUUAGAAGUGAACGAUCCACGGGAACGUCUUCGGCAAAAGAUUCGCGAUGAGCAGUUCGCCAAGAUGGUUCAGAAACGAUCGCAGCAAGUGAAACGACUGAUCAACGCGAAGCUGAAGAAGGAGCCGACGAAGAAGCCGCGAAAGGCGUUGGCGUGCAAUUUGAGCAAGGGCGCGGCGACUGGAGAGUCUUCGGUUGGUUUCGUGUAGUCAUUUCUGGAAAUGUUUGUGUUUUCAGGUCGAAGCAGAAGACACCGAAUCGAGCAUCUCUGAGCAAACCCCGGAGCGAAGCGCGAAAAAAUCGAGAAAGUCAGCCACUCCGACUCCGCCAACAGUAGAAAGUGAAGAUAAAUCAACUCCAACUCCAAUUCCAUCCGCAGCAGCUGAAAAGCCCGAAGAACCAGAGGAACGGCCGCUCAAAUCAAUGCUCGCGCGUUCGUUGACCGCCGGAAUGCGCCCAUCCAUGGCCAAGUACCACGUUCCCUUGGAAGCGUACACUUCUUCAGUCAUCGGAGCACGUUCCCUUUCCUCUGGAUCGAUUCCCUCUGCGCUGCCAGUCGCCAAAAAAGGAGGACUGUUCACGCGGAUCGCGGGUGCGGCGGUGAAGGAAGCGCCUGCGAAGAGACCGACCGUUCUGGCCAGACGGCCCCUUAUAUUGUCUCCUCGCAAACGCGCGAUCGCACCAGUGAUUCCAGUGGCUUGUGCUCCGAUUCCGAUUUCCCAUCGUCUCGUUCAUCACGAGUCUUCGCCCAUUAUCACGACAAUCGUCGACGAAGAAAUGCAACUGCUGAUUCCGGAAAAAGAAAUGGAAGUGGAGAUGAUCGAGGAGGUCAUCGAGGAGACGAUCGAAUCGGAAAUCAUUUCGGAAACGUCUUCUUCCGUCGAGCCGAAACCGAUCAUGACUCUUGCGGAGGCGUUGGAGAUGAAAAGAGACGGUGGUUCGGGCGUGAAGGAUCAGGAAUUGGAGGUGAUAUCGAAGGAGAUGAUGCGCGACUCGCAGUACUAUCAGGCAAUGGAAGACGCGAUAAAGUGCCGAACGGUCACUAAAAUGAGAGCCGAUUUAAGGCUUUCCAGACAUUGCAUUCGGCAGAUUGAAGCCGCCCGCGCCAGGUUUCUAUUGUUUUAGGGAAUGUUCUGGAAAUUGUGUAUUUUCAGAGCUCGUUUGUUCGGCGAGGGAUCCGAGGAUUAUCAGAUACUGUACACUGAUGACGGCGCUCAAGUUGUAAGUCUUUGAAUACAUUUGCAACGGGAGAAACAUGUUUUCCACGUGCCAUUCGAUCGAUUUUCUCUGCGCUUCUUCCUCCACUUUCUAUCUCUCUCUUUCUCUUGUCAUAUUAAGAUUGAUAAUAUUUGUUAUCAAUGUUAUUUUCAGUUUCAAAUUUCUAAUUUCAGGUCACUAAAAACGACCCGAAGUGGCGUGAACUGCAGCAACAACAGCAGCAGCAGCAGCUCGAGGAGGAGGAAGAGCACCAGGAAGCGGCUGAGCCGCACGAGCAGCCACAAGAACAGUAA